GGAUCAAACCUGGGCCUUCUGCAUGAUUCUGCAAAACAGAGCCGGACUCAAUCAUGUCUCAUCUGAGAUACUGCGCUUAAAGCUCUCCUGGUACAGUGUGUGUUACAAUGAAGAAGCUGUUUAAAUAGAUUACCAGAUGGGAAAGCUGAGUUACUGAGCUGAAAGAGAGAAUGGCUCAGACAUCCAGAGAUCCACAGGAAGGACACAGUGGGACUGAAUCCAACAACAAAACAAAAACACAUCCUCACGCUGCAGACAGAGCACUGCCGUCUGCUGGGACUGACAGCUCUGAGCUUCAAGCCUCGGAUACUGACCACGUCACUUUGAGAAAACCAAACACUCAUCUGGAAAUACUUCCUGAAAAAAAAUAUCAGUCAGAGGACAAACACAAUGGUCCUCAGUACCAGGGCUUGUUUACCAGGUCCCAUCAGAAAACAGAUCCUCUGUUUCAGAAGCACUUCAGUCCCAAUCUUAAGCUCCCCCUGAGACAGAAGAGCGACAGUUCCAGCUGGAACUAUGAAAAUGAAGAUAAUUUUGUAGCAUGUCAGGAUCUUACCUCUCGUUCUUCCAAACGCCUCCAGCACCUAGAACACACUUUAUUCAGUCUCAGGUCUAAGUGCCGUGUACUGCGUGGCUCAGGAGGCUGUCUGAGAGGCUGCAUUUCAGGACUGUCUACCUCACAAGAGGUGGAAUUUUACCAUCAUCCUCAGGCAGCAGCCUUUAGCCAGCACUAUGCACAGCUCCAGCACCUUCUGGAACAACGGGCUCAGCUACUCUUCCUCCAUGAGUAUGGCCGUCGAUGUCGUGCAGCUAACUGUUUUUUAUCACGAUUGGGUGAUGUGCUGGGGAAAGCCCAUCUCUUAGCCAGCAGGGUUCAGAGUUCAAAAGAAAAAGUUAAUGCUUCCUGGGACCUGGACCUUAGGGCUAUGUGUGAGGAACUGCAGGUCCACCUCAGCCACUGGGAAAUGCUGUAUUCCCGAGCAUGCUCAGACCCCUUCUUGCGAACUGUUCUUUUUAGCCGCACAGAGAUGCUAGGCUCAAUGCAGAGAGGGCUGUGGUUGCUGGGACAGCAGGCCUUGCUACUGAUGGAAAAUUGCAUGCACACAGUGCUUAAAGCCUUAGCUGCUGCUCAGCUGGCAUGUGUGCCCAGAGAUGCCUUAGAGGACUUGCUGUCUGCUGUAGAGCUAUAUAAUCACGUCAUAGCAAACCCAAGGGCCCAGAAAAAAGCUUCAGCCUGGAGUUUCACCUCUGAUUAUUCUCAGAUGAGGUCAGGCUUACCCAGGAAACACGUCAGACCUGGAACAUUGUCCGUGGUGGAAAUCCUGAGGAUCGUGGCACAGCUUCGAGCUCAGAUUGCAGCCAGGCAGCUUUACAGCUGGACAUGCCAGCAAACUGAUCUUUUUUCUUUUGCAGGAAAAACCAGCAUGAAAUGGGAGGACUGGGAUUGUCUGGGUCUUCUUAUUCCAUCGUCUUCAGGUCAGCCUGUUUUAAAUGAGUCCCCUAAGAAGACACUCCAUAGUUUUUGGUCUUCCAACUUGCCCUUGUUCGUGUUUGCUCAGCAAGAUCGAGAGGACAUUCUGGAAACUCUCUUUCAGGUCUUAGUAUCCUCAACAGACCUCAUAGCUCCACACAUUCCCAAAAGACCUCAGCUGGAUAGGAAUGUUUCUGCAGAGAGGAGCUGCAGAGCCAGUGGGCGAGAAGAAAAUAACGGUCCGAAAAAGUUCCCCUCUCGUAUUCAAAACGCUGUUCAGCAGAUGGACCUGAGCAACUUGGAUGCAUGUGUGGGGCUUUUCUCUCAGUACAGAGAUAUGCUAUGGAGGGAAUUUGGCAAAGCAGUUAUCAACCUUUUUUAUUACCCGUCUUACAGCAGUAUUUUGGGAGGUAUGAACCAGUGGAACGAUCAGAUGCUGUUCCUUCUGUUCAGAUGGCAGAAGCAAGCUUGUAAAGAAGAUUUGGUUCCAGCUGAAUGCAAGGAUGUCUUGAAUAAACUCUGCUCCUAUAUUUUAUCUACUGCUGCCUUCAUGCACUGGGAUGCAAUAAUGUGCGAGUCACUGGGUUUAGGGAUGAAGGAUAAGUGCUUACCGAGAGCCAUGAUGGUUCCUUCCACUGUGAGAACCGCUACCAUGGAUCUUUCACUGCAGCUUUUCCCUCCACUCCUCUCUGUGCUCCAGUUACUGCAAAACCCACACACAAACUUGGGAGAGUUGGGAACCAGGAGCCUUGGUUUGUAUCACCUUGGGUUGCUAUACAGGGCCCAAGCCACUGUCCAGUCCUCUACUUUCUGGGUUAUGAGUAAGGCCUACCAGUUUCUGGCAUCGUGGUCUCUUACUAAGUUUGUUCUGAUCACACAAGGAGACCUUAAGGCUCUCAGGGAGACGGUGGAGAGUCUUGUGCAGCAGCUGAACACUUUGGUUGAAAGAACUGAUCAUCAUCUCAUCAAGAAACUUGGACUGCAAUUGUCUCAUGCAGUCUCACAACUACAGGCCUUCUCUGAACUCGUCCUGAGGAUCUUUUCGAUGGACUGCAAGAAAAUGUCGAUGGAGAUUUUUGAGCAAACGAUGCCAUCAGCAAAACACUGGAGAGUCAACUACAAAACAGGAUUACCCAGCACCCCGAGUGAUUAUGCAGCCUUUGCAGCUCAGAGUGUGCUUGGCCAAGUGUUAGAGGGAGUUCAGCCUUUACCAGAUGAGACUCGCAUUCCAGCUCUGGCAGAGGCCAUGACUGCCUUCAUGGAGGCCUGGAUGGAGCACAUACUCAAACAGAAAAUCAAGUUUAGUGUUCAUGGAGCGCUGCAGCUGAAGCAGGAUUUUGACCUGAUUCGAGAGUUGAUUCAUUCAGAGAAGUACAGCCUGUCAGAGGAGCUGCACCACCAGCUUCUGUCACUGCGUGUCUUUCAUCAAGUGGACAGUGCCAUUGUGUGCCUGUUACAGCAACCUGUGACCAAACCGUACAUGCCCUCUCACAGAUGGGAGCCUUUCAGACACUGCUGCCCAAACAGGGCUCAGGUGGUGGACCAGGCAGUUGGAAGCCUCAAUAAUCUGGAGACUAUAGACAUCCAGGCUGCCUGUCACCAGGCCUUGACUCGAGCAGAAGGCUCUGUGAGCCCUGAGCUGAUCUCCACAACUCCACCAGAGUCCUACUUAGCUGUGGCACAGCAGGAGUGGCUGAACCUGCGCAUCCACACCAGCUCUCGCUGGAGGAUCCCUGGGCUGCGCUGUUUCACUAAAUCUGAGCCCUGAAACACUGAUGCAAGGUGGUACAUUUACGUAUUUUAGUAUUAUAUCAUUGCACAGAAAUAGACAAUAAUCCUGAGCAUUGCUGUGUUUAAACAAACAUUUAUUCGCCAUGUAUGGAGUUCACAAUGCUGAAUUAAUAAUAUGGAGUUCUUUGAGACCAGUAUUUCUAACAUAUGCAGAUUGUCACAAGUAGACAACUAUUAACUAUUAAUCAUAACUAUUAAUCUUUCAUUAACAUAUUUUUUUACAUUUUAAAAUGUUUGAAAUGUGCAAUAAUAGUUUAUUUUAAAGCGUUUUGGCAUUUUUGUAUUUCUCAGAUUCUAUGAUAUUGUAACUAAUGCUAUAGAACAUUAAUGUAAAUGUUUUACAAACAGAAGGUGCUGAGAAAAAGAUUUUGUGAAUUUUGUUUAUGAUGGUUAAAACCAAAGCAAGUCACAUGUCUGGUAUAUUUGGAUAAGCUGUUAUUUGUUUUUGUUUUGUUUUUUAAAAAAAUGUGCCUUUUAUGUGUCAUAUAUUCUGAUAAACAUAUGUUUAUUCUUAUUUAUUAUCCACAGUUUUUCCCAUCAUUGAAUGGAAUAAAAAGGCUUUAUUUUCAUGCUGUUUUUGCCAGUAUGUUUAAUCUGUGAAAUUACAGCUUCACAGUACUCCACCAGGAUUUUUCCGCUUCUUGACAUGUAACACUUGACACGCAAGCCUAAUAAUAAAAACUGAUUUAUAAAUUGUCUUAAAA